CUCGCGCAACGAACGAAAGAAAAUAGUAAUUCCCAAGAUCCCGCGCCGCCCUCCUGCCCCCACCCGAAAGGUCUAAAGGUCUAAGUGGCAACAAAGUGUUUUGAGAAUGUUGGAUUUACUUUAACACGAAACAGCAAAAAGGCGGAAGCGAGGCGGUAGGCGGUGGUGUAGCAGGUUUACGGUGGCGAUUCGGAACAACGACGACCACGACGAGCCAAAGCAAAACGGCGAUCAGCUGACCACCGGGACGGGGACGGUGCUCGUAACGCAGCUCACCUAACAAGCCACGAGAGAAUGAUCACCCUCGCUCGGAAGAAGAAAGAAUCGAACAGUGGCGGGACGGCGGGAGCAGGCAGCAACGGCGGUUCCGGAGCGACCACCACCGGGAACGGUCCGCUGGCGGACGCCCCGAAGCGGAUAUCGAUCCGGGAGUUCCUGCUGGUUAAGGAGGUCCAGGAGCUGGAACAGAAUCUACCCACCACCUGCAAAGUUACGUUUCACGAUCCGAACGUGCUGAGCGAGUUCACGCUAGCGAUCACUCCGAACGAGGGUUUCUGGUGCGGUGGCCGCUUCAAGUUCAGCGUGCUAGUACCCGAAGAGUACAAUAUGGCCCCCCCGAAAGUCAAGUGUCUCACGAAACUAUGGCACCCCAACAUCUCCGUCGACGGUGAUAUCUGCCUUUCGCUGCUACGGCUCAACUCCAUCGACGGCCUAGGCUGGGCACCGACGCGGCGGCUCAAGGACGUCAUUUGGGGACUCAACUCACUCUUUACCGACCUGCUCAACUUCGACGAUCCGCUCAAUAUCGAGGCUGCCGAACAGUACUCCAAAGAUAAGGACCGCUUCCAAGCGAAGGUCCGCGAAUACGUCUUACGCGCAAAGAUCAUAGAUCCUCACGCGUUCCAUUAGGCGGGCCACGGCGGUUCACGACACAUGGGAUCGCUUGAACCGCCCUCCUCACGCGUCCAGCGGCGGAUGAUAUUGCACACGAUUAUCUUCUGAAAUGGCGCCGACCAAAAACUGAGGAGGAGAAAAGUCUUCACAACACACUGUAGUGCAGAGAUAGAGAAAAAGACGUUUUUUACUACUCGUUUACUAGAAAGUGGGGAACGCAACGCGCCCGAACCUGCCCGGCACGUCCCGGUCACGAUGGCCAAGGACGACCGCAGGCAGAUGUGAUGAGUUGGGCGCGUUGGAGAUUAGAACACCGGACUGUUAUUUGGCCGACGGCGGCCCUCCUGACUGUUGAUUGAUUGUGACGAACUUCUUUAUUAUUCUUUCCUAAGAUGUAAUUUAAUGUGUCUCCCCCCGCGUCGUGUGUUGUUUGAUUUUUUUAUUUGCUACGACGCCGCGCACUGGAAGAAGGAAGUGCGCGGUACAGAUAAAAGGUGCCGCCGUUCCGUCGAAGAACGAUUGUAAUUAUACAUAACAAAACCGAAAAAUGCUGGUAAAUACUGAUAAUCGAAUUUUCGCCUGUAAGAUUAGCAAUGUCUAGAGAAAUAAACGAAAACGAGCAGC